CGUCCCGACCGCAUCUCUUCUUCUUCCUCUACUCGCCCCGGACAGCAGCGUCUCUCGCCGGCGCGUCGAGUAGAAACCCUAAAAACCCCCGCCUCCUCCCCUCUCCCGCGGAGCCCUCCCACGCCGGGGGUAGGGCUAAGGGGGUUGCCGCCCGCCAUGGACGCCAUGCGGAAGCAGCUGGACGUCCUCAUGGGCGCCAAUCGCAACGGCGACGUGGAGGAGGUCAACCGGAACUACUACGACCGCGACGUCUGCCGCCUCUUCCUCGCGGGCCUAUGCCCGCACGACCUCUUCCAGCUCACGAAAAUGGAUCUUGGACCUUGCUCCAAGAUUCACUCGCUUCAGCUGCGGAAAGACUAUGAGGAAGCGAAAUCAAAGGGAUCAGAGAAUUUUGAUAGAGAACUCGAGGAUAUGAUAGAAAGGCUCAUUGUGGAGUGUGAUAGGAAAAUUCAAAGGGCCCUGAAACGGCUUGCGGAUGAGGAUGCCAAGGCUGCUAUUGCAAUAUCUGUGUCUGAGGUUACUCUGACAGACGAGAUACUGCAGCUUUCAAAACAGAUCAAGGAGAAAAUGAAAGAAGUUGAUGCUUUUGAUUUUGAAGGGAGAGCUGAUGAUAAAAUAAAGGCCCAGGAAGUGGUGGAAGAACUGAGAGCUAAAAGGGCUGAUAUGCAGGCUACUCUCUUGCUUGAUGCUUUUAACAAGGACAGAGCUUCAUUACCUACACCUGCUCCGCCUCCUCAAGUAGCAGCAGUGCCACCACCUGCUCCUCCUGAUGCUCGUACUCAAGAAAUGAUUAAUGAAAAGCUUAAGAAAGCUGAAGAGCUUGGUGAACAGGGCAUGGUAGACGAAGCUCAGAAAGCUUUGGAAGAGGCAGAAGCUCUGAAAAAGUUGGCGCCACGGCCGGAGCCACCUUCAGAUCCUUCCAAAUAUACAGCUGCUGAUGUUAGAAUUACGGAUCAAAAGUUACGCCUCUGUGACAUAUGUGGAGCAUUCCUGAGUGUAUAUGACAAUGAUCGGCGUCUUGCUGACCAUUUUGGAGGGAAGCUACACUUGGGCUACAUGCUGAUUCGUGAAAAACUGAAAGAACUUCAGGAGCAGAGAAAUAAAAGAAGGAAGGACAGAUCUGAAGACGAUAGAAGAUCAAGAGAGCACAGCAAGGACCGCAAUGGUCGGGCAUCCAGGGACAGAGAUACAGAGAGAAAAGACAGGGUUGACUCCCGAGAUGGUAGAAGAGAUUAUGAUAGGGAUCGUGAUAGACGUCACGACAGGGACCGUCGCCAUGACCGUGAUCGGGAUAGAGAAGACCGCUCCCGUGGCUAUGAUUCAAGGAGAAGAGAACGUUCAAGGUCUAGGGAGCGCAGGCGCCAUGAGAGAUACUAAAAGCUGCUCCAUGGCUGACAGAUUUGCAAGUGCUCUCGUCUGUUGAAGAUAUUGAGUUGUGCUUCUGAAAGUUCCAGCGCUAGAAAUUCGAAAGUGUCGUUGCCUUAGUUACUGGGUUGGUGCUGGCAAUCAGGUGCAUUCUGCAUAUUUAGUACUGCUUUAUAUACCACUGUUGUGCCAAGAACAUUCGCAUCAAAUCAAACUCUGGGGAACCGCCUUGACAGCAAAUGAAGCUGAGAAUGUUUUGUGUUUAAAGUUUAAGCUCACCAGAAGUUGAAAGCACUUGGAUCUUGACUUCUUGUCGUUACUCCAGUUCGUGCAGUUUCUAUUUUGUAAUGCAAGUAAUGUUAGUUGACUUUAGCUAUCCAUUUA